CUGUCUAUGAGGAUCGUAACAACACGCAUAGAGGUAAACAAGGCUGAGGUACAUAACCAUACCUCGCCCAGCUCUAACGACACCAGAGUGAACGUUCCCCUUUCAAAGCCAUACUGAAGUGUUGUGAUUUUCUCAAAAGUUUCUUGAACAGGGUUUCGCCAAAUUCUCGACUAUAAACUGUUCGCCAUAGAAGCUGUUUCUUCUUUACUGGGGGCUUUAGCUCUCUUCUCUUCUCUACGAUGCCGACACCCUGUGAAACAGCACACGCCGAUGCCGAAGAUGAAUCAACGGAGAGUGUGAGAAUGUCUAAUAUAACUCAGGCUCUGAGAAGUCUAUCGCAGGACAUUUCGUCGCUGGAAAUACAUAUGCGGAGCUGUGAAACUCCGGAGACGAGCAUGUCGAUAAAACGAUUCGGGCUCGUAUGCUUUGGAGUUUGCCCAGGCUUGUUGCUGUCCAUCAUGGACUCAUCCGUACUUGCGGCGAGCUUGUAUCGCAUGGGAGUCGACUUCCAAGAGCACAGUUUGAUCAACUGGGUGGUCCUAGCAUAUACUCUGGGCUAUACUGGUUUUAUCGUUACAUCCACAGUCCUCUCAGAUAUCGUCGGACAGCGCUGUGCUCUCUUGCUUUUCUAUUCUCUGUUCUUGGCAUUCUCUGCUGCGUGUGGAUUUGCUAAAGAUGUGAAUCAACUGAUAUUAUUCCGGACGUUUCAAGGAAUCGGCGGCUCAGGACUCUAUGCCUUACCCAUCCUGAUACUGACACAACAUAGCCCACCUCGGAUGCGUCAGUAUAUUGGCAGCAUUGUUGGGGCGACUAUUGCAACUGCGGGCGUUCUGGGCCCUGUUAUUGGCGGGCUACUCACCCAGUACCUAGACUGGCGGUGGAUCUUUUUGAUCAAUAUUCCGAUUUGCUCCAUUGGCAUGGCCACUUUCUAUUUCAGUUGGCCUCGAAAAAUGCAGACGGGAUAUGCUCAGCUUCGAUCGUGGAAGCAAUUUGACAUCAUUGGUGCCGUACUGGGUAUCGCAGCUUCGGCCCUCGUUGUAUUCGCGCUCGAAAACGCCGGCGAGUCAGAGGCCUGGGGGGAUGUGAAAUUUAUUGUACCGCUAAUUCUUGGCUUGUUUUCUUGGAUAACACUUUUCUUGUGGUCAAACUUCGUUGAUACAAGCCUUUCUCAAACCGUCGUCUCAGUUUUUCCCAUGACAUUAUUCAAAAUUCGACACUACGCAAGAACCACCUUGACAACUUUAUUUGCAGGUUGCCCAUAUCUACUUUUGAUAUACUCGAUUCCCAUCAGGAUGCAAGUCGUUAGCGGUAAAAGUCCGCUCGUCGCUGGGCUGGCAUUACUCCCUAUGUUAGGCACAGUCGCGCUCGGAAGCAUUAUCAGUGGAAAACUGAAUGCGUCAGCAAGCAAUCUCACUCUCACUCUAACUAUGCGUACCGGCACAUCAUUAAUGGCUAGUGGAUGCGGAUUCCUUGGAUUAACAAAAGGGUCCAAGGACGAUGCAAUAGUACUUGGACUUGUUACCAUGGUUGGUUUUGGAUUUGGACUCUGUACAUCAGCGGCGACCAACAUGAUUAGUGUGGUAGUGCCUAUGAAACAGCGGGCAUCCGCUCAUGGCAUUCUUGCCCAAGCAAGAAUACUGGGAGGAAGCUUCGGCGUAGCAGUUUCGACAGCGUGUCUUCAUCACUUUGUCAUAAAUCGACUUGCAGAUAUCCUCCCCGCUGAUGAGCUUGGUUCCUUUGAUGGAGACAUGACACAUUUUAAAGGGGGUAGCUUAGAGGCAAUCCAGUCGGCAUUUGUCGCGGCCUUUAACCGGAGUAUUGUAUUAGCCACAGCAGGAUGCUGGGUCGCGGUUUUCUCGACCUUUUUUGGUUGUCCAAUCACCUGGAAAGGCGUGAAACGUCAGAACAUCGUGGAACAGAUUGCAAUUAUGCGAGCAACUGUGGAUAGGUUGCAAAAUGAAACGCAACUAAGGAUUGAUGGACAAAUAUCGAUCUAGGUAUCAGUGGGUUGGGCAUGGCUAUUUGGCUAUAACGGUGGUGAUUAUGAGGGUCCAUUUGUCUAUGAUGGUGGAGUUUGGAUAUGGUGGUUUUGGUCUGCGUUCUUCUUCUAUUAGUGUCAUUGGAGCAUCGGAGGGCCCAAGCAGCUGCUGGUCUGUCAGGUCAGCCUUGAGGUACCUGUAAAUAGUAAGAUUAUGCUCAUACGGUAUCACAGUAUCAUGGAAACAACAGGUAUAUUGUCAAGGCUAUUACUAUUAUUGCUUCGUAUAAAUAUGUUUCUUCUGAUUUAAGCCAUAUUUAUCCUUUGCGUUGAUGAAGUGACAGCAUACCACUAUAGAUUUCUUC